ACCAGUGAAUAUAUAUACACACAUAUACACAUUCGAUAGACCCGCCCUAAGCAUCCGAGAGAGAGAGCCAAAGGAGAAGGAAAAAUUCAAUUAUUGGCGACAAGUGUAGAGAUGCAGAUCUUCGUCAAAACCCUCACCGGAAAAACAAUAACCCUUGAGGUCGAGAGCAGCGACACCAUCGACAAUGUCAAAGCCAAAAUUCAGGACAAAGAAGGUAUACCACCUGAUCAGCAAAGGCUGAUAUUUGCCGGUAAGCAACUGGAAGAUGGAAGAACCCUAGCGGAUUACAACAUCCAGAAAGAGUCUACUCUUCAUCUGGUGUUAAGGCUCAGAGGUGGAACCAUGAUAAAAGUGAAGACACUCACAGGAAAGGAAAUCGAGAUUGAUAUCGAACCAACCGAUACAAUUGAUCGGAUCAAGGAACGUGUUGAAGAGAAAGAAGGCAUCCCUCCUGUACAACAAAGGCUUAUCUACGCCGGGAAACAGCUUGCUGAUGACAAAACGGCCAAAGAUUACAACAUUGAGGGUGGCUCUGUUCUUCAUUUGGUUCUUGCUCUUAGGGGUGGUUUUGCUCCUGCUUCUUUUCUCUGAUCUGAAUAAAUAAGAUUGAACGAACAUCUUCUUUGUUUCUGUAUUAUUCUCCUAUGGUGGUGGAAUUCAUGGAAAUUGGAAUAUUAUGAUGUUCUCUUUGAUUGUGUUUUUGGAUCAUCAUAUUACUUAUUAUAUUAUUCAUUCAGUCUCUCUUACAUUAAA